AUUGUCAUUGUCAAUAUGUUUACAUACAAUUAUGUCACAUUGUGCAUAUAUUUUUGAUUUUUGUAAUUAAUAAAAUAUUUGUGUGUCUAUUUUAUACAUUCAUACCUUUCCAUGAGUCAAUAAUAAACAGAUUAAUUUGGCUGACAUUGUCGUAUUGUAUUGCUGCCAAAAAAAAAAAAAUGUCUCCGGAACCUUACACUUGUGCUCUUGAUCCUAAAACUGAAACGAGGGUCAAGAUAUAUCUCAUGAGGGAUGUUAAGAACGUCGAAACGAUAAGAAGCAAUGUUAUUGACGGUACCUGGAAAUGUGCAGUAAUAAAACCAAGCUUAAUACUAGACAUUCUUCAAGUUGUCGUAGCCGCGAACCGGGCCAUACUGUCAGAAAGAUCCAAUACAAUGGUAACGAAGACUGUUUACUCGGAAAUAUUGUACAAUUUAUCCCUGACUAAGAAUAUCUCACAAAGUCUAAGUAAAUUUGGUGUUGAAAAGGACAACAGUGUACUCAUCUGUUUUUUAGUUAAUGAAACUGAUGAAAGUGAAGACAUUAUAAAUGCAAUAGAAGGAGAAUUAUGUUCUUUGAGUGAAUUAAAUAAAUUUACUAAUUUAAAAGACGUUAAAAGUGCGUAUAAAUUGAAUAAUUUGAAAUCUGAUCUGGAUUUGCUAGAUGUCAUUAUAAGCAGAAUGGUUACCAAGAGUUUUGUUAGUCAUUAAAGUUUUGAGUAUAAAAUAUUUUUUUUUAAUUUUAUGAUAUAUUUUUUCCCAUUAUUUUUUCUUGAAUUCAAUUGAGUCUAUUGCCAGUUCUUAUUAGUAGAAUCCACAUUCGGAACUGGUAGUAGAGCACAGAGCUGAAGAUUCAGAAGUACUUGUAAAAGAUCUAUUUGAAUAUAAAAGUUUUGAUUGGAUUGUAAUUUUUGAAUAAUGUAAACAAAACUUUUACUAGUGAAAUGGUAUCUGGCUACCAGCAAAUAUAUAUAUGUGCCAGGAACCCCCAGAAGUACUUCCGUAUUGAAGCAAUGCUUUGUUCCUGAGAUUGCUAUAUCUCAAAUAAAAGCAACCCUUUAAUUCUAACCUUAAAAUUAGGUUGUAAUCAAUUAUUAUGAAAUUGAGUGACGUUCGGCGCAACGGGAUGUGCAGUAUCAGACUGACACUCAUUUAACAUUAACAGCUAUUAAUAUUUGGUGUUUUUAGG